AUGAACGCGAUCCGCCAAACGCAGAACCUCAACAAGCGCGAGCUCGAGAAUGCCACCCCGCCAUCCGCCUCCUGGCACGUCGACUACCGCGACACUGCCUGGCUCUACGUCGGCGGCCUACCUACUGACCUCUCGGAGGGCGAUGUCUGCAUCAUCUUCAGCCAAUUCGGGAACCCGACGCACUUGAACCUUAUACGCGACAAGGAGACGGGGAAAAGCAAGGGCUUUGGCUUUCUGAAAUACGAAGACCAGCGGAGCUGCGAUUUGGCUGUUGACAACUUGGGCGGCGCGGAGGUGCUGGGUCGACUGCUGAGGGUGGAUCACACGCGAUAUAAGAAGAAGGACGGCGAGGAUGAGGAGACGUACCGGAUCGAGGCUCGGGAGAAGGAACAGUUUGGUGUGACUGCCGAGCCGGCGGACGACACUGACGCGGAGAGCGAUGGGGAGCGGAGAAAGAGCAAGCGGCGGAAAUUGCUAAAGGAAGAGGUGCAGUUGCAGCAGUUGCUGGAGAGCCAAGUGGAUGGUGAGGAAGAGGACCCCAUGCGUGGGUACCUCAUAGAAGAGAAGACAGCCGAGGUCCAGAGGGCGAAGGAGAGGGAGAAGGACCGGAGGAAGCAUAAGCAUCAUCACCGGCAUCGGCGAGACAACAACGAGAGUGCUGCAGAUGGGAAUGAUAAGCAACAUCGCAGCCACCGUUGGGAUGAAGAAGGCAUCGACGGAAAGGAUCGUCGUAAUGAUCGAUCGGUCUCCGUUGAGAGGGAUGCUCGGCGAAGGUCAGCGCGAGAUCGUAGAGGAGAGACCUGGAGGCGGAGCAGGAGUCGAAGCAGCGACCCGCCAGAGGAACGGAGACGAAAAAGCUCAGCAGAGGAGAAGCGCCGGCGUAAUAACAAAAACUCGAGGUCACGAUCAAGGUCACCGGAACGGUGA